AAACUACUGACAAGGUAUUGUCAGCAAGGACUUCCAUGCGUAAUGCUAGUUUGGUAUCCAUGGCAAAUGUGAAAAGCUGUUGGAGUGAAAGAAACCCCGCUUCUUCCGCUGGACAACUAUGGCCAAAUGCAUGUCUCUCGCUCUGCCUUUCAGAGGUUGAAAUCGUGACUGUUCACCGUAUUACGCUGCGUUUGCGCGCACGGUUUGGGCUGACUUUUUUUUUUUACUUGCAGUGCCAAGGCAAAAAGUUGUUUAAGUUCAAGAAUGGCGGAAGCAAAUCGUUACAGUCAGUUGCAACGGCAAUAUUUUGAUGACUUAGAUGACAUUGACCGAAGUAGCGAUGAAGUGAGCCACUACGAGGAUGACGACAGUUACUAUGACUAUGACGCCGAAAGAGAGUGGGAGGAAUCCAAAGAACAAAUAUCCUCUUUAUUUUCACUAGUGGUAUUUCCUUUUGCAGGAAAGUGGUUAGGGAAAAAGGUUUCUUUUUGGCUCUACUCACGUUACCUUGGUACGAAUCCAUACUUGACAAAGAUAUCGUUCUUCUCAUUUCAAUGGCUGCACGGCCUGAAGCAAUUUAGCAAAUAAGAAAGCAGUGAUUGUGUUAUCGGUUUUCAUUGGCUGACUUUUAAAACGAAGG